CUUCUCAGUUUUAGUCCUUUGCCCACAAGUGGGAUUUAUCUUUAUCGCCGGCAUUUCGGGGCAGAAACGGCUCUUUUGGGGGUCAGCGGAGGGACCACAGGAAUUAAUUAAUUAGAGCUGCGCUCGUUAUCUCGGGCGCUUUGGAUUGAGUUCGGUCCCGUACGAGCCGCAGCGAAUGCAUCCGUGGAUUGACCGGAUUUACCGAUGGGGUUAAACGAACCUCCGGCUUCGUUAACGCUGGAUCCAACUUGAUGGUCCUGAUGCUUCGUUAGAUGAUGGAUUUAAAUCCACUCUCCCGAGGGAGACGAUUCCGGCAGCGAAAAUGGAGCCGUGGGUUGCACGGUGGACAUCUGCUCCACCAUGGAUCUCCAUGGGGACAUGUGCUCCGUCAUGGACUUCAUGGGUGCAGGGACAUGUGCUCCGUCAUGGACCUUCAUGGGUGCAGGGACAUGUGCUCCAUCAUGGACUUCAUGGGUGCAGGGACAUGUGCUCCAUCGUGGACCUUCAUGGGUGCAGGGACAUGUGCUCCAUCGUGGACCUUCAUGGGUGCAGGGACAUGUGCUCCAUCAUGGACCUUCAUGGGUGCAGGGACAUGUGCUCCAUCAUGGACCUUCAUGGGUGCAGGGACAUGUGCUCCAUCGUGGACCUUCAUGGGUGCAGGGACAUGUGCUCCGUCAUGGACCUUCAUGGGUGCAGGGACAUGUGCUCCAUCAUGGACCUUCAUGGGUGCAGGGACAUGUGCUCCAUCAUGGACCUUCAUGGGUGCAGGGACAUGUGCUCCAUCAUGGACCUUCAUGGGUGCAGGGACAUGUGCUCCAUCAUGGACCUUCAUGGGUGCAGGGACAUGUGCUCCGUCAUGGACCUUCAUGGGUGCAGGGACAUGUGCUCCAUCAUGGACCUUCAUGGGUGCAGGGACAUGUGCUCCAUCAUGGACCUUCAUGGGUGCAGGGACAUGUGCUCCACCAUGGGCUGCAGGGUGGGCAUCUGCUCCAUUGUGGACCUCCAUGGGCUUUCAGGAUGGACACCUUCUCCACCGUGGAUCUCCAUGGGCUACAGGAACAUCUCUUCCACUGUGGUCUUCACCACAGGCUGCAGAGUGGAUGUUUGUUCCACUAUGGACCUCUGUGGGCUUCAGGAUGGGUGUGAUCUUCACCAUGGGCUUCAGGGUGGACGUCUCCACCAUGGAUCUCCAUGGGGUGAAAGGGCUUUUACUCCACCAUGGUGUUCACCAUGGGCUUCAGGGUGGACGUCUCCACCAUGGGUCUCCAUGGGGUGAAAGGAUGUUCCACCGUGUUCUUCACCGUGAGCUGCAGAGUGGAUGCUUGGUCCACCAUGAACCUCCAUGGGCUUUGGGCUUCAGGAUGGAUGUGAUCUUCACCAUGGGCUUCAGGGUGGACAUCUUCUCCACCAUGGAUCUCCAUGGGCUGCAGGGACAUCUCUUCCAUCACGUUCUUCACCAUGGGCUGCAGUGUGGAUGUUUGCUCCACUAUGGACCUCCAUGGGCUUCAGGGUGGACAUCUUCUCCACCAUGGAUCUCCAUGGGCUGCAGGGACAUCUCUUCCACCACGUUCUUCACCAUGGGCUGCAGUGUGGAUGUUUGCUCCACUAUGGACCUCCAUGGGCUUCAGGGUGGACGUUGGCUCCACCAUGAUCUUCACCAUGGGCUUCAGGGUGGACGUCUCCACCAUGGAUCUCCAUGGGCUGCAGGGACAUCUCUUCCACCACGUUCUUCACCAUGGGCUGCAGUGUGGAUGUUUGCUCCACUAUGGACCUCCAUGGGCUUCAGGAUGGACGUCUGCUCCACCAUGGGUCUCCAUGGGGUGAAAGGAUGUUCCACCGUGUUCUUCACCGUGAGCUGCAGAGUGGAUGAUUGGUCCACCAUGAACCUCCAUGGGCUUCAGGAUGGAUGUGAUCUUCACCAUGGAUCUCCAUGGGGUGAAAGGACAUCUGCUCCACCAUGGAUCUCCAUGGGCUGCAGGGACAUCUUUUCCACCACGUUCUUCACCAUGGGCUGCAGUGUGGAUGUUUGCUCCACUAUGGACCUCCAUGGGCUUCAGGGUGGAUGUCGGCUCCACCAUGGUCUUCAGGGUGGACGUCUCCACCAUUGAUCUCCAUGGGCUGCAGGGACAUCUCUUCCACCACGUUCUUCACCAUGGGCUGCAGAGUGGAUGUUCGCUUCACCAUGGAUCUCCAUGGGGUGAAAGGGCGUCUGCUCCACCAUGGUCUUCACCGCGGGCUUCAAGGUGGACAUCUUCUCCACCGUGGGUCUCCAUGGGCUGCAGAACAUCUGCUCCGUGGGUUCCAGGGUGACCAACCUGCUCCACCGCGACCCUCUGGGUUUGGAUGAUGCCGGAGGGUGUUGGUGGGACCUCAAAUUCACAUCCCUCAUCGCUUGUACUGGGGACACCUCUUGAUCCCGCUGGAUGGCAAUUCAACGCUUAAGCCUGGCUCAACCCUUAAGCCUGGCUCAGCCCUUAAGCCUGGCUCAGCCCUUAAGCCUGGCUCAACCCUUAAGCCUGGCUCAGCCCUUAAGCCUGGCUCAACCCUUAAGCCUGGCUCAGCCCUUAAGCCUGGCUCAGCCCUUAAGCCUGGCUCAGCCCUUAAGCCUGGCUCAACCCUUAAGCCUGGCUUAACAUUCCAUCGUUGGCUGAAAUCACCUUUUCUGAACGGGGUGAAGGAGCCGCGGGUUUGCGGCGCUUUCACCUCCGUGGGGUGUCGGACUGUUCCGGUAAGAACGUACUGUUGUGGACGGACCUUGAGCUCCGGCCUCGAGUUCCGCGCGCGGAACGGGGCGUUUCUUGCCGAAAUUGGGGCUCAGCGGCACCCCCAUCGAGGGCCAUGUGGGCUGAGGUUUCAUUGAGAUGUUCUGGAUGGGUGGGGUUUGCCCCCUCCCCAUUUUUGGCCCCACCCCCCCCCCGUUUUGGCCCCGCCCCCUCCCCUUUCUGCCCUCCCCCCCUGUUUUUUGCCCCCCCCUUUAUGCCCCCUCCCCUCCUUUUUGCCCCCCUUAUGACCCCACCCCCCCUUUUUGCCCCCCCCUUUAUUGUGUGUGUCCCCCCCCUUUUAUUGU